AUACAUUUAAGUUCCCACCAUUUCUCAGAAUGAAGUCUCAUAUACACAUAUCUCACUCGGAACACAUUGCUAGCUAAAUCACUCCAAACUCUUCAUCACUAUUUUACUGUCUCAGCAUCUCUCAUCAUGGCCGCCAACUCCACUCUUCGCUAUCUUACCAAGGACUCCGACGCAACUUCGACUCCUCAACGUCAAUCAAUGUCUUUGCAGCUCAAUCGCACGGCAUUCCUCGAGGGUACAACGGUUCCUUCGAUUUCAGACGAGAGUGAAUUCACGCUUCACACGGACUAUCUCGUCAACCAUCACCUCUUGAGCCACAACAUAUCCGCACCCGCUUCACCGGUCCUGUCUUGCGGCCUAUCAGAUUACACAUCCGCACCCAUCUACGGCGCUCCGACAGUCUGGUUUUGUUCGGCAUGUAGGGAUGGUCCGAUAGGCGAGUGGCAAAACGUGUGUACAGCAUGCAAUCACCAAAGGUGCCUUGCUUGCACGGUGGAAAAGACUUCGUAAACGGACUACGGGGAUUUGAGCCAGCAUUUCUUGCAUCAUCGGCGAAAUAUCAGUCUUUCAGCGACGUUUUUGGGUCUGAGCGUGUUAUUUGGCUUGCUUUUUGUGGAGGUCACAUGGGGGAGUAUGGCCGGUUUUGGGCAUGGAGGAUUAGGCUUUGAUCUAGAUCUUGUCAAGCAAUUUAACUGUCAUUUCAACAU